AUGCUCCUGCAGGGCAACCUGUCAGCUCUCAAUGGCACAGGCUCUGAUCCAUCUGUGUUCUUCCUGACGGGCAUCCCAGGGCUGGAGGCUCUGCACCUCUGGAUCUCCAUCCCCUUCUGCUCGAUGUUCACCGUGGCCCUUCUAGGAAACUGCACCCUCUUGUACAUUAUCAAGACAGAGCCCUCCCUACACAAGCCCAUGUUCUAUUUCCUCGCCAUGCUGGCCGUCAUCGACCUGGUUUUAUCCACAACCACCGUGCCGAAAAUACUGAGCAUCUUCUGGUUUAAUUCCAGGGAGAUCAGCUUUAACGCCUGCCUGGUACAGAUGUUUUUCAUUCUUUCGUUCUGUACCCUGGAGUCUGGUCUGCUGCUGGCCAUGGCCUUUGACAGGUACGUGGCCAUCUGCAACCCCCUGAGGUACGCCACCAUCCUGACCAAUUCAGUGAUAGCAAAGAUCGGGCUGGUGGCUUUGGCUCGGGCUGUUCUGCCAGCAGUCCCUUUGCCCUUCCUCAUGAGGAGGCUGCCCUUCUGCCAGUCCCACGUCAUCUCCCAUUGUUACUGUGAGCACAUGGCCGUGGUGAAGCUGGCCUGUGCUGACACCAGGUUCAAUAACAUCUAUGGGAUCAUCGUAACUGUCUUCAUCGUGGGGCUGGAUCUGAUGUUCAUCGUCCUGUCAUACAUCAAGGUUCUAAGGGCUGUCUUAAGCCUGGCGUCCAAGGAAGAGCAGCUCAAGGCUUUCAGCACCUGUGGCUCCCAUCUUUGCGCCAUCUUAGUAUUCUACAUCCCCGUGGUCCUCUCCUCAACAGUACACAGGUUCGGGCACCAUGUCGCCCCGUACGUACACAUCCUGCUGGCCAAUUUCUACCUCCUCUUUCCUCCCAUGAUGAACCCCAUCGUGUACGGUGUGAAAACCAAACAGAUUCGCAUCCGAGUGCUUCUCCUGUUCCGAGGGAAGAGCAUCUAGACUGAGCAGGAGGGGGCUGUGGAGACAUCAGGAAGCAGA